AUGGACACAGUAAUUGCAUCCCUACGAGACUGCAACCUGAGUGCAUCUCAAUUCAUCAUAUCAAUUCUAAAGUGCAAAAUAUAUCAAGGACAUUAUCUUGCCGAAGAUCUUCUUCUGCAUUCAGAUGAAAUAUUCGAAGCUUUAAUUCAGCAUCCUUCUCGUCAAGACAACAAGUCACUGCCCACUGUAAUUCACGACACCCUGAGAAAGCAAUACUUCACUGAGAUCAAAACGAUCUCAUCCGAAGAAGGCGGCUGGCAUUUUGGACCCUUGCAUGCAACUACACAACAGCUGGAGGAGUUUAGCAUGGAGGAAAUGGGAUUAGAGAUGCAGUCUCGUGCACCUGCGCUGUGGGAUUUGCUUGGGUUUCUGCUAGGGGCUGAUAGUACAUCUUCAGUUGAUGAUGUGAAAGAUGCCGACGGUGAUAUCACGAUGGACUGCACUGAAGAGGACAGCUAUUGGGAUGAUGUAGAUGACAUAGAUCUUGAGGGUUUCAUAAUUGGCCUCUUGGAUACUAUGACGAGCGAUAGAAAACAAACCAUGCGACGAACAGCAAUCAUCAUGAUUAAACGAGUUGUCAUACUUAGUAUCUUAAUGCAAAGCACGAACCGCAGAUCAAAUGCUUUGCAAAGUAUACUCGGAAUAUUCUUACAGUCAACACACACUCCCCAGAAGGUGAUCGACACUCUUGCUCGCAUUGGAAUCUCGAUAUCCACAGACUCAAUCAAUGCUGCAAUCCGAUCAUUGUCAACAGAGUCACAGAAUACUCUUCAAACACUGGGAAAAUCACUCCUUGCAUCAUAUGCAUACGAUAAUUUCGACGUUGAUCUCAAAACUCAAGUUCCUCUCGCUGAAAAGUCCAAUGACUCCUUAAAGCAUCUCGCCUCCAGUUUGCUGUUCCCAUUGCAGCAUGGUGUGACCACAGAUGACUUGAAGUGUUCUGACGAGUUAUGGAGGCAAUCAGUGUUAAAUCCCAACGCGCAGCUAUCAACAUUACCUCCCAAAAGAUCAUGGAAAGAUCUGUUACACAUCCACCCAGAAUCCACGAAUAAUUCGGCGCCACAACUCUCUCGACGUGAUCGAUUCAACGCGUGGAUGUUUUUGAAGAAUUUAUGUGAACACGGGCCAGUGUAUUUUCAGCAGUUUCAAUCCGAAAUACCCAACCUGGAUGCUAUAGAGGAGAUAUCGUUGAUAAAAAUGUCAAUCACAGCUGCACGUGCAAUGGACAUCAAUAACUCAACUGUCAGCGGGAAUAUUCGUGCCGUCAUGGAACUACUCGGUCAAGGUGGCAUUCAUGAUCCCACCGACACUGACAUCGUUGACAAUCCCGACAUUUCGCAAUAUGUCGUCUUGAUCCAUGGUGACCUGGGUACAGGGGAACGAUUGCAGGCAGCGCAGCUUCGACGGUCACUGGAGGCAACCUCGUGGAACCGUUUUCAGCACGUUGUAUUCAUUCCAGGAUUGUUUCACUUGAAGAUGGCAUGUGCCGAUGCCAUUUGGAGAAUAUUCCUACAGCCAUUAGCAGCGAGAGAGGAUGAAACGAGUCUAAUGCGCGACGUAACUCAAUUACGACCCAAGGAGACAGGGAUAUAUUGCUCGAAGCCUGGUUUUAGACGGAUGCACGAACUCAUUGCCCACGCAGGCAUAUGUCGGCGUCUUGAUUGCUGGCGUGUUCAUGUGGCGAGUAUGGACCCUAGUUAUGCACGCCUUGAUGCUUUUGCAGCGUCUGAACCAGACCUUCAGAAGUUGACGAGUAUUGCUAACGAGAUCGCACUCAACUACGUGGCAAAUUACAAACUCCUGCGGACACGUCGUAAGACUCGAGAACAGCGUGAUAUGCAGUAUGAAAACGCACUCCUGCUCAACAAAUACUUCCUCCUCUAUGAGGAGCUAUCUUACGCGAUGAAUCACGGAGAUAUUGGGCGAGUCGAGACAUCCAUAGUAGCGUGGAUUCCGAUACUUAAGGCAACAGGCAAACAUAAGUAUGCCACUCAUAUGACAAAUUUUCUAAUCCAAACACACUUUGUUUUCCCUGCGGGCCUAAAACACGCUGUGCGUUACCACAUACUUGUCAACCCAACUGGCAAGCCAAUGAAAUGGCGUGCAGUUGAUUGGUGUGUCGAGCUUAACAACCUGUUUAUGAAGGUGCACCAGCUAAGCUGUUGA